AUGUCAUCACUACUUUUUAAAGGAUUACUACAAAUUGGCGAAACCUUAUGUAAACAAGCAUUUGUCCAAAAAAUUCCACGUUUAGAUGAAUUAAGAUCUCUGACCGAACAGGAAUUUAUUAAUUCUUAUGGAUUAAUCCCUACCUGCGCGGUAUUUGCGCCCGGAUGUUUAACCAUAGCUGGCAAGAGCACCAAUUUCAUGGAAACAAUAACGCGUGUAACGUCACACACAUACAUACACACACAUUUGCUUGGUUUAUCUUCCCUUGAAAUAAAACAGGCCAUUCAACUUGUCACGUUAGUGGUUGGUAAACGCAAUCACGGCAGCAAAUGGUGCCAGGUUAAAACGUUCUUGGAGAAUACCGACGGGGAAAUGUUCAAGUUUCGCUUGGAUGAUGAAAAUCUUUGCACAUUAGCGGAAGAAACUUCGUGGAUACGUUGCUUAAAAGGAACGAUACGAAGUUUCAAAGAUAGCCGAGCACACGUUCCUGGCUUUCAAAUCGUAAUCGUAUCCAGCUUACCAGAACACGGUCUCGGAAGCAGCUCCGCCAUGGUCGUGGCGUUGUAUACAUUUUUUGAAGCGAUUACAAAUACGUAUACUGACAAUGUUAUAGAGAAGACGUUGAUAUGCCACUUGAUGGAGAGUUCUUGUAAAGUUCGUAUGUCGGAUGUUUUAACUUUUGUUAUCGGGAACGAGGAUGAGAUUUUCGCAUUCGAUGCACGAUCCCUUGAUAUCGAUCGAUGCAAUUGGAAUGCCAUUGAUGUUCAAUCGAUUCUUAUCGAAUUAAAUAAUGUUAAAAAAAUUAAAUUAUCGAAACGACGUGACGACGAACGUAAUCGAAUACAUUGCGAAGAAAUUAUGACAAUGAUGAACACAAUGUCUCGAUAGCGUCCACAUCCGAUCGGCGUGUCCAUGAUGGAAUUUUUAUUUCCGCAAGAAACAAUGGAAACGGCCAAUGAUGUGAUUGACAAGGAUAAAAGAAUAGUGGAAAUGACAAAUGCGAUUAGAAAUGAACAGUGGGAAGAAUUGGGUAGGAUUAUUUAUCAAAUGUUUCGGUAUAUCAUGUAGCUUGAUUAAUUAACUUGAUAUUUUGUUUUGCCAUUGCAUAGUAUUAAUAUCGUAUAAUUCAUAUAAGCAAGUAUUUUACAUAGCUUGUUAAAAUAUUACACGGAAUGUAAAUACAAUACACUAUUUAGGCUGUAGUUUUUUUUAAAUAUAUAUAUUUAGGUAUCUUUUCUUAUAAUAGCAGGUCGCAUAUUCGACUUCAAUUAAUAUGUUUCAAAAUUAGUUUAUUUAUGUACCGCACACGUUUCCUUAAAAAUAACUGAACUCUCGUUACGUUUCUCUGCAAACUUCGAUUUAAUGUACAUUAUAGGAAAGCUCUUACAAGAAAAUCAUCGUUCUACGUGUAAACACUUAAAAUUUUUACCCGAUGAUAUUAAACGUAACAAAAACAUAUUCGAAACUAUAGAAAGAGUUUUAAGGGCCAGUGUUAUUGAUUACGGUACAUCUAUCGUCACAUUAGUAAUUUAAUUACCUUCUUUUAAAAAUAAAAUACUUACUUUAAAAAAAGAAAAAAAAA